UCAACUGUAAACACAUGAAAUCGUAUUACUAAUAAUACAGAAUUUUCGAUGUCAGUCUUGUUUUCUUCAUACGUUUAUAUAGUAGCAGACUGGGUCUAACAAUAUUGGUUGCCAGGAGACUAAGGUUAAUACUGAUUGCCAGGAGACCACGGUUAAUAUUGAUUGCCAGUUAUAUUGAUAUAACUUAACACCAGAUAAAUAGUAUUAUUCACCCUCACAACCUUAUAUUAUUUUUUAUGUAGGGGAUAAAAAACAAAAUUUAGAUCUCUUCAGAUUUUUUUGAAAAGAAAAAUUAUCAAAUUUGAUAUUAGUGUGGGGAAAAAAUUGACAUGGAAUCCAACAGAUAAAAGAAUAUUAACACCAGUACCUGUCGCCUGAUUGUGUUACAAAGUUUAAUAGUUUUUGGCUAUCUCACUCCCAUUAAAAAAUUGGACUAUCUCCCCCAACUAAAAAAAUUGUUUAACCCUAAAUAAAACAAAGAAUAAUGAAAAAUUAAUAAAAACAAAAGUGGAAAGAUUACGCAUCUUAUUGAAUCUGAUAAUACUUUUAUAACAAAUCUCUCAGCUACAUUUUGUUCUCUAAAAAGUAUCUUCCAGUAAAGAAAUAUGGCUACUGAAAAAAUUACUGAUGAAAAUUUGAAUGGUGAUAUUUACAGUAUUGUAAAAUUAAUUAAUGAAACUCCAGAUAAAGUUCACAUGACUUCUGAGUCUGGUAAAACUUACUUGAUGGCUGCGUGUGAACAGGGCAGCAUGGAUUUAGUAAAAUUGCUGAUAAAAGCUAAAGCUUUUUUGGACGUUACCGACAAGUCUGGUAAAGCUGCUUUGCAUUAUGCUAUGGAAUGUCAAUUCAAUCAACAAGAUAUAGUGGCUCUCUUGAUCACCAGUGGAGCCUGCAUCAACAUUCAAAACUUGGAUGGCAACACUCCUCUCCAUGUGGCUGUGGAGAGAGGCAGUGAAGAUUUGGUGAAAGUUAUAUUAAACAAAAAGGGAAAACAUACCAUACGGAUCAAUCAACCAAAUAAAGAAGGUUACACACCUCUGCAUCUAGCCUGUGAGAGGGGAAACAAAAACAUCGUUCAGUACCUACUUGGUUGUAAUGCUGAUGUAAAUGUGAAGAACCGUGAGGAUGCAACACCUCUCAGUUUAGCCUGUAAGAAAGAUCACCCAGACACUGUUUGUCUGUUACUGCAGAUGAGUAAUCCUGAUUGCAAUGUAGUGUACGAUGAUAAAGAUAACACACCUCUACACUGGGCUAUUCAAACGAAUCACUAUGAUAUGGCUUUAUUGAUUCUAUCCAAGCACAUGGUGAAAUUUGAUACGGAGAACAAAGAUGGAAUGACACCAUUGCUCCUUGCUGUCUCUGAGGGUCACCUCAGAUUAAUCCAACAAUUCAUUUCAAAAGGAGCAAAUAUAAACGCUGAGAAUGCUGAAAAAGAAAACUGCCUGCACUACGCUGUAAAGAAUUAUUUUCAUUCUGAGGAGAAGUCCAUAGAUAUUUUAGAUGAGUUCUCCUUUAAGCUCUCUUUGAACAAAGAUGACAGGCUUUCUGGAACAGUAGUAGCCUGUUAUCUAGCACAUAGUGGAGCCGACUUUUACCACGAAAACGAUAAAAAGGAGAUCCCAUUGGAUCACAUAGCGGAUAACAAUACAAAAGAGAAAAUCAAAACAUUAUUCCCACAACCAUUACAACCACCAUCACCACCACGAUUUUCAUGUAAGUGGUGUAACGAAGAUGAGCCCACUACGAAGAUCUAUUCCUGUAAGCAAGCUCAUUUGGUGUUAUGCAAUGAUUGUUUUAUCAAAACUGGGCGUCCAGAAUGCACCUCCUGUCAAAAGCCCUUAAACUUAAAAAGGAAAAGUAAACUUGGGAAAUUGAAUUGCUUGACAUGUAGCAAAGAAGAGUCUUGACAUGUGGCAGAUGUGCAGAUGAGUCCCAAGUCGACGACCAAACCUCAUGUACAUGUACAACAUGUAUGGAGUGACAUUGGAACAUGGUCUUUGAUUGUGGCCAUACCAUUUGUAAAGAAUGUGGAGAAGGACUUGAUAAGUUCCGUUUGUAUAGGAAACAAAUUGAGAAAAAGACCAUUGUUAAACAUUAAUUGCCCAUUUCUUCUUAUGUUCUUUUGUUUGUCUUAUUAUCUCAUCUUGUCCCCACCACCCUUAAUCACACGCACAUAUAAACAUCUGAUCUACCAAUAUUGGAACCUUUAUCUACCAUAUUUUUGGUUGUUUUGAUCAAUAAACUUGACAAACCUUACAAAAUCUGUACAAAACUGGUCAAUAAAUUUUAAUUAGA